AUGCCGUCCCCACCGCAACCAGAUCUGCCAAAUCCGGCCCAUGUUGAGAAAGACUCGGCCCUCGGGCGCAAGUUUGGCAAAGAAGUGGUCAACUAUUUCGGGAGUUCGCCGUUGAAUCGUCUGUCAUUCCUAAGAGACGAGCAUGACUUCCUUGCUGGUGCAUUCGACCACCCAUCGACCAGAUUUCUAUGCUUCAACAACCUGGCACCUCUACAGGUCUCUGCCACCGAGAUUCACUAUGCCACACUGAAGGAUAUCGAAUCUCUAGUUCCUGAGAAUCCAUUUGCCAAAAAGGAGAAGGAAUUGAUCGAUGAGUUUGAUUCCAGGAAAACUCACCCCCAAUUUGUCUUCCUCGGUAUUGACGAGAAGGCCAACGAGGGGUAUACUUUCAGAAAUUUCAGAGGAGCUCCUCGGUUUGCCGUCGACAUUACACCCAAGUGGACCUUUGCGGACGAGGCGAACAAGGUUAUCGAUACAUUCAAGAAGGAGGGUCUGUCCUUUGCCGAGGGCAUGCGUGCCAUGUUCUAUCAUGCAGAUGUUGCAGCAGCUUACGCUCAAGGUCGGCAUUAUCUCGACUGGAACGCUCGCAACGCUUUCUGUGGUACAUGUGGCCAUCGAACACUAUCACUCAAUGCUGGCGCGAAACGUGUAUGCCCACCAAAGGAUCAGGCUCAAAACCCUCCAGAGCGUGAACCUUGCUCCACUCGGACGACUCUAUCAAACUUGACAUUUCCCCGCACUGAUCCCACCAUCAUCGUUGCCGUUCUUUCUCAUGACAGCAAAAGACUGCUGCUUGGUCGGCAGAAGCGCUGGCCGCCGUACUGGUUCUCAACCCUGGCGGGCUUCAUUGAACCAGCUGAGUCAGUCGAAGAUGCUGUACGUCGAGAAGUCUGGGAGGAAGCGGGAGUCGUGCUUUCCCGAGUGCUCAUUCACUCCACCCAGCCAUGGCCAUAUCCAGCGAACUUGAUGAUUGGUGCUAUCGCACAAGUCGCGGAUCCCGCAGACGAGAACAUUAAGCUGGACAACGAUCCAGAGCUGGAGGCUGCCAAAUGGUUCAGCCUUGAGGAAAUCGAAGAAGCAUUGCGGGUUGGAACCAGCGGCUUGGGCGAUCCUGCUCCCGAAGGUUAUGUCGAGGGUAAUCUUAGGCUCCCACCACAUACGGCUAUUGCGAAUCAGCUCAUCACCGCUGUGGUCAAAGGAGGCUUCUUGGAAGGCGUUACGCCAUUGGCAACGGCUAGCAAGAUGUGA